UCGAUCUCUCUCUCUCUCUCUCUCUCUACCUCUCUCUCUCUCUCUUAGAGGCCACUCUCAGACACACCGAUUCCAGGCAGCCUCUGGCGCAAGUGAGCUCACGGAAUUCGAGACCAGCUGUGACCCAUAGUGCUCGAGAUUCAACAGCUUCUUCUCGCGCGAAGAGUCGGACGCGCUGUCAUCGGGAGGGAUCCCGAGGAGCUUGGAGCUUGCUUGCCUGCCUCACUGUCCAUGUUUCCGGCCAGACGAGGCAGCGCCUUCGCAAGUGCUCGAACCGACGUCCGAGGACGGAAUUUGGCAGGGCUUGCUAUUCGACGAGCGGCGCUUUUUCCUCGUCGUUCGAAGGUCUGGUGUGUAGGAAUUGGAGCGCAACGAUUGCAGGGUUUUGGCCGCUCGUACGUUCACGGCCCAGAGCUCGAUCGUCGGACGUCGGGACGGAAGGAUAGGAAGAUAUGGCGGAGGCGGAGGUAGAGGCAGAGGGCAAUCUUUCGCAGGGCAUUCUGGAGAUUCAAGGUGCCAACGCUGUGUGGCUCGAUCCAGUGGCAGUGCUGAAUGGAGCUUAUUCCCAGUACCAAGUGUCUUACAGUCGAUACUAUUCUCGUCCUUCUUUCGGAAAUCUGCAUUCUUCUUCGUCGUCAGCCGGAGCUGCCUGCAGUGAAGGAAACACGCGCAAACGCAAGAGGAAGAAGACCUACACUCCCAACGAGAAGGAGGUUUUGGCUGAACUUCGCCAUAAGGAAUCGAGAUCCUCCAUAUCACAUGCACAUUCUUCAUUUCUGGCGACCAGACCGCCAUUGAGCUCUUCGAAGGCGACUAUGGACAGCCUCAGUGGAAACUGUACAGCUUCACAACAGCUUUCGACUCUUGCGGAUGCAAACACCAAUACAUCAGAAGACGCUGAAGUGGACUUCGUCCGCUUGGCUGAAUUGUGGCAAGCCCCUCUCUACGAGCUAAAUUAUCUGAGAAAGUCUUCACAAGGCGCAGAAAGUGAUGUUAGAUGGUGCCAGCAUAUGGAAUCGAGAGCAACUCCGCUUUUUGGUUCGUUCGUGGAGCAUGAGGAAGAAGCCUUAGCUGAAUGUGCUGGAUGCACCUUCAUUCUCCCCAGAAAUUGCCGUUUCCUCAUGUCAGAUGUUUCUCAUAUUCAUCAACUUAUUCCAGAGCAUCCAGAUUUUGGAUACAAUCUCAUCUUGAUCGACCCUCCGUGGGAAAACAAGAGUGUUCAUCGAAAAUCAUUGUACCCUACUCUACCAAAUCGACAACUUUUGUCUCUUCCUAUCAAACAGCUUGUGCACAGAGAAGGUACCCUUCUGGCAUUAUGGCUUACUAACCGAGAGAAGCUGCACCAAUUUGUUGAAAAAGAGCUUUUUCCAGCUUGGGGUGUUCAACUCGCUGCUUCCUGGUAUUGGCUGAAGCUAAAUGAUUCUGGCCAAAUGAUCAGCCCCUUGGAUUUACAACAUCACAAACCAUACGAGUGCCUACUGCUUGGGUAUCUUCCCGGUAAUAAGCAGGCGGCCUACUCUGACGAAACUGCUCAAGAGGAUUUGAUGAGCAUGAGAGAAACUGUUUGUUAUAAAGCACCUCCUAACAAGUUCGUGAUUAUGAGCAUUCCCGGAGAUCACUCAAGAAAACCACCUCUGGGCUCUCUUUUAUCUCAGUAUGCUCCUGGUCCGCAUCCCGUUACAGGUCUUGAACUAUUUGCAAGAGAACUGACGCCUGGCUGGACUUCUUGGGGCAACGAACCUCUGCGCUUUCAGAAUUUACGAUACUUUCACAACAGAGGCUGAAUCCGGCUGGUUAAGCUGAAAAUGUGCAUCUAUUUCUAGCACUCCUGCUUUACGUGAAGGAUUGGAGGUGCUAAAACGGAGUUUUGUUCGAUGAGUUCCACUUUUUUACCACGAAGUGAUCAGAUCAUGAACUGGUGCGAUUGAUUCGGAUUAUGAGCAACGCCGCCUGGAAUAUUGGUGGCAGAAGCUGAGAAGGGUUGAUAGAGCGUUUUAGCACUGUAGCAAUGUAGCACUGAGACGAUGGUCUGAUCUAGCAUCACAUAAGCAUGUACUUUAAGCGAAAAAAAAACCACCACUAUUCUGGUGAGAAGGAGGAGCAAAGCCACAGGAUUAACUCGAAGGCUGUUGUAAGUAAAACACCGUAUCCCCUACUCCUUCGUAUAAGUUCCAUACUACUACACCUUUGUGUACUCAAGACAGGCAACACGAGACACGCCUUUUCUGUACUUGAAGAGAUACCAAAUACAUGUACUUGAAGAGAUU